UGCCCUGGGUGGGCUCGCGCUGCCCGGGACUCCGCGGCUCCUUCUGCGCCUGCGCGGGCCAAGAGCAGCUGCUUUUUUUGAAUGGCAUUUUCAGCUGAGUGCCUGGAAGAGGGUCUUUGCAAGCGUCAAACCUCAAUUUUUUACUCUUCUUAUCCUACCGCAAAGCGGAGGAGGCUGCUUGGAAAUAAGUCUCUGCUUUCCUGGAGAGUUGCAUAAAUGAGUGACGCCGCUCCUUUUUGUCUUAUUCUACAUCCCUUCAAUGGCAGGGAAUGGAUUUCCGGAAAGCAAAAGGGUCCGAAUCAGCUCAUCGCUGAGUAGAAGCAAGAGGAGAAACACUAAUCAUCAUGGCCCGGGAGCAAAAGAGGAGACGUCUUCAUCAACGCCUUCCUCUUCCUCUAUUCGGUCCUUCUUUAACAACGUGCCUCCAGCCAAAAUCCCCUGCCCUUUGUGCGAGACGCUCGUGUCGAGAUACAGGAUCAAUCAGCAUCUAGAUGAAUCUUGCCUCAAGAAUCAGAUCAAUGAUGUCGAAGAGUCCAAUUCUCCUCCUAAUGCAGGUACAAUACCUUCGACCGAAGUUGAAGCAGGUGUUUCUAGUCCAUACUUUGCUAAGGACACCUCGACGCCGGAAAAAAAUCAAAGUAAAUCAGUAGCCGGAGGAGAGACGAGUCCGUAUUUUAAGAAACAUGGCGGCCUAGCGUUGGACGAUGGACAACCCAAGACUCAAGUGGUGAAAAUUUUGGGAAGAUUAUCCAGCAAAUUGUCCAGGAAACAUGGAGUUCCAUCUUCGGCUAUCGAUGUUUCCACAACCCCAGAUACUUGUGACCUAGCACUGAAUGAUGAACAACCCAAGGUUCAAGUGGUGAAAACUAUUUCUCUUGGACACUUGUCCACCAAAUUGUCCAGGAAACGUGGCAGUCACAUCUCUUGUGAUGAGAUUGUGGCAGACUACACUACUGAAGGAGGUUCCCAGAAAGAGAACCAGUUGCCAUUGUCAAGAUUUCAGGGUUCGAAAGAAGAUGGUGGAGCCCUGGACGUUGUAGGAGAUCCUUGUGGUGAUUUUGGUGACCCUUCUCCAUUGCCGUUGGCUGAUCUGGCUCCAGAUGUUUGUGAUGAAGUUUUGGCACAGAAGACGGAAGGCUCUGCUUCUGGACAAGGUUCCAAGAGGACGAACUGGUUGUUAUUGUCAAGAUUUCAGGAUUCGAAAGAAGGUUUAAGAAGUCAGCAUGGAGCCUUGGAUGAUAUAGGAAGUCUUUGUGGUGGUGAUGCUGACUCCAUGUCAUCGCCGUUGAUUUGUAGUGAGCUUGGACUUUCAACAGAGGUCAAGGAAUCUCUAAAUAUUCCCAAGGACAACCCUGUUUUGGACCUUGAGGGUCUCCAAGAAUGUUCCUGUGAUGAAGGAAGUCCAUCUGAAUUGGCCACCAGAGAUUUCUCUUCUGGUCAACAGGUUCUCUUCUUUGAAAAGAAAUCCCAUAAUCAAAUGCCAAAUGUCUCUUCUAUGGAGGAUGACAUGGAAAUCCUUCCUAUGGAAGGUCACAUAAACUCUGAAAACGAAGCAAGAGAUGGUAGUUGUUCAAAAGCUAUAGAAAACCCAAGAGAUGAUGGUUGUUCAAGGCCUUUAGAAGAUUCAUCUCCUACUCAAAGCGUCCUCAAAAGUGGCCUCAAUGGACCAGACCCAGAUGCAGGAGGUCAUCCAUAUUAUCUCAGGAUUUUUCUGAUGGUCCUUCAAACCGUCCUGGAGAAUGAAGACGACCGGAGGCUGUUUGAUGAGCAAGAUUUGGAAACUGUUGCUAAAUUUUACCGGUUCACAGCCGGUGGGCAAAUGUUGUACGUCAGGCUUUUCCAGCGUAAGCUGAGCUGGAUCAGAACAAAUACCAUGGAAUAUGCGGAGAUCAGCCAAGAUCUCUCUCUUGUCACCAAAGAGCUGGUUGAAGCUGGCUUCCUGCAGGGAGACUCAGAAUUACAAGACCUGUCUGAGGCUCUCGAAUCCCUCUAUGGCCCUGAGCGCAAAUCCUUGGCCAAGGCCUUCCACCUGAGGAACCCGAAUGCACCAAAGCAGCAGCUCCUGGAAGAGUUCCUCCGCCUGGCAAAGCAGCGCUCCUUCUUCAGCCCAAACCAAGCUGCCGUCGGAGGCGCCAUCCUGAAACGGGCGAAAGAGCUGGCUGGGAAGUGCGUCCGGGUUUGCAAGGGGCCCCGGGGGGUCUUUUCCCGGGUGCUGCUUCUCUUCUCCUUAUCGGACGCAACGGAGGACGAAGAGGCAGGGAGUGGAGGCCAAGGACAACUCUCCACUAUCCUCCUGGUGAACAUGCGCCGGAUUGUGUUCCCCUCUUACACCGUCUGUAGGAAAACACAGAUCUUCCAGGACCGAGAUGAUUUUAUCAGAUACUCCUCUGCUGUCUAUCUGUCCAAUGACGUCUCUACGGCUCUGGCGUUAAGAAACUGGAAAGAAGGGUUCAACCUCUACACGGGGGCAAAAGUAGUCUGGAAGGAGUUGGAAAAUCACCCUUCGCUAAGGCAUCAUGCUACUCUUCCUGAAUACUUGAGGCGUUUCACGGUCGGAUGGGUCUACACGCGGAUCCUUUCGCACGGCGUCGAGAUCUUGCAGAGGCUCCGCAUGUACGAGGAGGCUGUGGCUCAGCUGCAGGAGCUUUUGGCUCAACAGGUUUACUGCAUGGACAGCCGAGGACGGUGGUGGGAUCGACUGGCUCUAAAUUUGCACCAGCAUCUGAAAGACCCAGAGAAGACCAUCGAAUGCAUCCGGAACGGUCUCCAGGACCCUUUUGUCCGCACUGGCCACCGCCUUUCCCUUUCCCAGCGAGGCCAGAAGAUGCGAGAGUCUCCGUCAUGUAAGGCAUUCAGGUCCAUCUUGCAAGACCUGCCUCUCCUUCAAGUGGAAGACGUUGCCCACGUGACCAUCAAAGGCAAGCUCUGCCCGCAAACUGGGAUAGGAAGGUCUGUGUUCCUCAUGGAAGACUUCCAGAUGGAAGACCGAGGAGAAGACCUGGAGCCGUCAACCGUCAUGUGCUCAGUGGAAGAGCUCGCCUUGGCCCACUACAAGCAGGAAGGCUUUGACCAAGGGAUUCAUGGCGAAGGAUCGACAUUUACCACCCUCUUUGGACUGCUGAUGUGGGAUAUUAUUUUCAUGGAUGGCAUCCCAGAUGUAUUUCGGAAUCCUUUCCAGGCUUUCCCCUUGGAUUUGUACACAGACAGCUUUUAUGAGAACCGCCGGGAAGCCCUUGAGUCCAGGCUGGAGUUGCUGCGUGAGGCUUCGGCCGAGACCCUGCGGAGUUGGAUUGAGGACGUGUGGAGCGCCCAGGAAGGCAAAGCCUCUGCCCUCCUCGGCUGGGAGCGCUUCUCUUCCCUCCAUCAGGCCCAGAGCUUGGCCUGCUGCUUCGGGGGUCCUUUCCUGAGCGGAGUUUUCCGUCGGCUUUCCAAAGAUCUUCGCCAUUCCAGGGGCGGCCUCCCCGAUCUUGUGGUCUGGAGAACCGAAGAUGGGCAAUACAAGGUGGUGGAGGUCAAGGGCCCCAACGACCGUCUCUCCCACAAGCAGAUGCUGUGGUUGGCUGAGUUGCAGGAGUUGGGCGCCGCGGUGGAGGUCUGCCAUGUGGUUGCGGAGGGAGCCAAGAGUCUGCACCUGAACUGAGAGGCAUCCGUUGUGCUUGGCCUCGAGACCAGGACAAAGCCAUUAAAAUGUUUGGACUCUC